GAUUGAAGUUGCUGCUACCACCGCAACCAUUAUUGUUACUAUCGCCUAUAAAAUGAUGUAUCUUCUUGUUAAGAAAAUAUUCUCCAUCCAGUUCCAGAAAAUGUCAAUCAAAGUUGCAAAUACACAUAAUCCUCCGAUAAUUAUCAACAACAAUAGCCCUCCAGUGAUAAUGGAUGCCGUUGAUUCAUUUGCCCUGGAAAUAAUUAACGUGACACCGGAGAAACAUAAUGGUAAUAAAUUUUUUGAAAAUCAUAAAAAUAGAUUAAAGGUCGCAUAA